UUGACAUGUAAAACAAUUUUGUUUCUAAUUUAAAUUUAAAAAUGGAAAAAAUUUAGAAAACACAAAAUAAAAGAUUUGACAAAAAUAAAACCCGAUUCAUUAAAACUUUUCAAGAUUUAUAAUGGGUAAGGCUAGUGCUAAAGACAAAUAGUGGAAUUUGUUUUGUUUCGAAACACCAUGCAAGCAUCUCCUGAGAUACUGCAUUUGAGUAAUAAAGAAUUAGUCAAGAAACUGGCAAUUUCACAUAUUAGGUAGUUUUAAAAUCAGUUCUUUUUGUUGGGAUAAUCUUUUUGUACACUGUGGGAAGAUGUCUCUGUUUUACCUCACCUGCCUAAGGUGCCUUCUGAUUGAUUUAAUAAAGACACGAACGGCUAAUAGCUAGACAAGAAGAGAAUAUGCAGGACUUUAUGGCAGAGAUAGGAACACUGGGAAAGAACCUGAGGUGGGGGAUUAGCCAGCCAGUUGUGGAGAAAGUAGGGCAUGUGAUACUGAGAUGAGGUAAUGAGUCAUGUGGCAGAAAGCAGAUUAAUAUAAAGGGGAUAAUUUAAGUUUUAAGAGCUAGUUGGAGGGUUUCCUGUGUUGUGGUGCAGUUGCUGCUUCAGGGAGCUGAGCUGAGAGCUUCAGUGAUCUGGGAAACCACAAAAUGAUGAGAGCAAUAAAGAAACUGGAUAGAGAGCCACCUGCAGCCCCCUCAGCAGACCACCUAUCCAGGGAUACAUUGUCUGUUGUUGACAUUUCUUCCUUGAACUGACUGUUGGAGAAUGGCAUUGCCAACAAAGUCUAGCAUCUUGAACCUGCUCCUCAACAAACAGUAUGCCAGAUCCCCAGAGGAAAGCUAUGAGGCUUGGGCACAAUGCAAAAAUGCUGGCAGGAAGCUUCCUGAAUACAAGGUAGUGGUGUUCGGUGCAAGUGGUGUUGGUAAAAGUGCUCUCACUAUCCAGAUGACCCACCACUGCUUUGUGAAAGAACAUGAUCCCACUGUCCAGGAUUGCUACUGGAAGGAGGUGGCCCUGGACAACAGUGACUACAUUCUGAAUGUGCUGGACACAGCAGGGCUCUACAGUGACCAGUGCUUGGAAGCUGGUGAUGCUGUGCUGGGUGUCUUUGCUCUUGAUGACCCCUCAUCUCUGGACCAGCUGCAGCAGAUAUGGUCUACCUGGAGCCUGCAACAGAAGCAGCCCUUGCCCCUGGUACUCUUGGGCAACAAAUGUGACCUAGUGACUACUUCUGAAGAUGCUCACACUGAUGCAGCAAUCCUGACUUAGAAGUGGGGAGUCUCCUUCAUAAAAACCUCAGCCAAGACAUGACAAAGUGUUCAGGAAGCAUUUGCUCUGCUUGUCCGUGAGAUUCAGAGGGCCAAGGAGGCUGUGGCUGAGUGAAGCAUGGAGAAAACCCGACAACACAAAGCCAUGUGUAGCUGUGGCUGCUCUGUAGCCUGAAGAUCUUAGUCAAGCAAAUUGACCCUUCUCUCAUGUCAUGUCAAGAUAAUUUCCUUGGCAUAGGAAUCCCCUCCUCCACCAAAUAAGUAACCAUGGACACCUUUUUAUUCUCAUUUGUUGAGGAGUUAGGUGUUAACUAUGGGAUGUCCAGCAUUGGUGGUGAUCUAUGAAGCUCUAUGCAAAAUUGAAUAAAUAUUGUUCAUACUAAAAAAGAAACUUUAUCUUGAAAACAAAUUGCUAUAGAUACAAUAGCUAAAUAAAAAUGUAUCUGGGUAAAAUGCUGUGUCCUGUCAAGAGGACAAUUAUUUUCCUGGGUUUAGAUGUAUGUCUGAGAGAAAAGUUUUGAGAAAUCUUUGAUGUGUUCCAAGAGAAAUCCCUACUCUCUUUUGUAGCACAUGGCCAUAAGCUCUUUUUAAGUUUUCAAACUAAUUUUUUAGAUCAUACCUACAACUUAUCCACAUUCAAUUUGCUGUCCCCAAGCCUUACUAUGACUGCUCACUGUUUUCUAAUUCAUGGCCUGUUUUUCUUAAACAACAGUUACACUGUAACAACAGUUACUGUUUGAAUGUGACAUACUUUUGGCAACAGUAUUUCCCAGCUAUGAGGUCAAGGGUUGGUGACACUGCACAUUGGGUGUAUAAUUGAAUGUGCGCAGAAAGGACCCUGUGUUCUGGACGAGGAGCAGGAUGUGUUCUAGGAGAGUGGAAGAAUGUCUAAUAAAAUACAAACUUUCUUGCCUAGGUGCUUGCCUUCUGGAAGGCCUGUGCUAUUUGGGUCAUUUGAUCUCUUAUCACCUGGUAGGUAGCUUACUAAUAUUCUAGGCCCAGCUGGAUGGUCCUAGCCAAUGAUGGACUCUGGGAAGGCUUAGCAAUCAGGAGUACUGGUGGCAGGUAGCUUGCAGUUUCUUUCCAGGAUUCUCCUCUCCUUCUGCUCUAGGGAAUUGUAAGGAAGAACCAAGCUAUACUAUGGUGAGUGUAGGUUGUUCAGAGCAGGUCUGCUGAGAUGUCAUUUUUGCUGAGAUUUGCAUGGACCAUGAGACAGACUGUUUCUUUUGGGCCACGUGGUAACCAUGGCAGUUGUCCUUGUCUCCUGGGCCUCCCUGUGUAUAUAUUUCUUGGAUAUAGGGAGAAUCUGCAGCCCUGGCAAUGGAGGAUAUGAUGUUUGUAAUAUCACUGUCCAGUGUGCACACACAGGCACUUUGUUUGGAGUACAGUAGGAACACUGCUUGGAAAACUUACAGUCUCAUUAAUGGAAUUCCUGAAUAUUGCAUUCCACUUUCAGGUUUGUCUUAACAAUACUACAAAUCGUUAAGAAAAUGGUAGAAAGAGAGUGAAAUCGAUUGUAUUUCCUCAAUACAUGAUAAGAAUGUUAUUUUGUUUCUACUACACCAGCUGCAAUAGUCAGAUUCAGUAGAAUUUAGUUGCAGGGGACAAAAGAAGGUUCUGUUCUUUAGAGAUUUCUGAGGUAUGUAUGGUGUUGGAGAGGAAGUUUAGGCAGCAUCCACAUCUUGGGCCAUAAUCCAUGUGACAGGAAGCAGAUAUUAAUUUUUAUUCUUCCAUGUUGUUUUGAGAUCGGGCAUCAGUGGGGCUGGGUUUACGUGAGACCACAGGAGCCAUAGCAAGAAAUCUCCUUUUUAAAGAGAGCUCUUGUACAUGGGGCUUCUGACUUUAGAAGAAAUAUCAGUAGCUGGAGGGUCAGAAACAACUGUUUUGUUGUUGUUGUUUUUCGAGACAGCGUUUCUCUGUGGCUUUGGAGGCUGUUCUGGAACUAGCUCUUGUAGACCAGGC